GUCCCGCUGCCCUGCACCGGGACCGCCUUGUCCGGGCUCCGCCGCAGCCUGCUCCUGGGGCGCUCAGCCACUCCCCUUCACCCCACCCUCAAGGCACCGGAGACCUUCCACCCCCUUGGCCCCGGGCCGGGCUGAGCUGCCGGACCCGCCCCCUCGCCGGGCCCCUCCCUCAGGACCCCGGGAUGGGCGGCCCCCUCCCCCACCGCAGCCCGGACACACCCAGAUACACACACCCACCUCUGGGCUGCUCCCCGCCCGCCUACGCUCACCGCCUGGACGGGGUCCCGGGGCGCCGCCCCCUUCCCGGUGCUCUGCCCUCACCUGAUUGCUCGCUCCCCGGCCCCAAGCCUUGCUCCCCUCUCCUCCCCCCGCUCCUCGGUGACAUUUCGCCCUUCUGUCAGUUUCCCACUACCCACGCUUCCUAUCGCAGACUAAAGCCACUCAAAUACCGGAGUGGCCAACCCCAUGGCGUUCCCGAUUCUCCCUCUUACAGCUCUCACCCUUCCAGUGCCGACGGUAGAGAGAGACCUUACUCCAGGGGCUUCCUCCUCACUGGGGAAUUGCCGGAAAGAGCAAACAAAAAAGGCGCUGGUGUAGGCUCCAAAAUAAACACAUCUGAAUUCAUGAUGGCAUCGACAGAGGCUCUUAUUGGAUUAAAAGUUUCAAAACAAACAAAAACGCUUUGGAAAAAGCAGGGUUGAAUGCCUGCCUACACCCUCAGGCACGACCAUGGAGAAAGGUGGGAACAUACAACUGGAGAUCCCUGACUUCAGCAACUCUGUCCUGAGCCAUCUAAACCAGCUGCGCAUGCAGGGCCGUCUCUGUGAUAUUGUGGUCAACGUGCAGGGACAGGCUUUUCGGGCUCACAAAGUGGUCCUGGCUGCCAGUUCACCCUAUUUCCGGGAUCACAUGUCCUUGAAUGAGAUGAGUACUGUCUCCAUUUCAGUCAUCAAGAACCCUACUGUUUUUGAGCAGCUCCUUUCUUUCUGUUAUACGGGGCGGAUAUGCCUGCAACUGGCAGAUAUCAUCAGCUACCUGACAGCUGCCAGUUUUCUGCAGAUGCAGCAUAUUAUAGACAAAUGUACACAGAUCCUGGAGGGGAUUCACUUCAAAAUUAAUGUGGCAGAGGUUGAAGCAGAAUUAAGUCAAACGAGGACAAAGCAUCCAGAAAGGCCUCCGGAGUCUCACAGGGUGACACCGAAUCUCAACCGUUCCCUUAGCCCACGACAUAAUACUGCAAAGGGAAACCGGCGAGGUCAGGUUAGUGCUGUGUUGGAUAUCAGGGAGCUCAGUCCUCCUGAGGAGUCCACCAGCCCUCAGAUAAUUGAACAGAGUUCUGAUGUAGAGAGUCGGGAGCCCAUUCUUCGAAUCAACCGAGCAGGACAGUGGUACGUGGAGACGGGAGUAGCAGACCGGGGGGCCCGGAGUGAUGAUGAAGUUAGAGUUCUUGGGGCAGUACACAUCAAAACGGAAAACCUGGAGGAGUGGCUUGGGACUGAGAAUCAGCCUUCCGGAGAAGACGGGAGUAGCGCCGAGGAAGUCACAGCCAUGGUGAUUGACACCACCGGCCAUGGUUCUGUGGGGCAGGAAAAUUACACUCUGGGAUCUUCAGGAGCCAAGGUGGCUCGGCCAACAAGCAGUGAAAUUGACAGAUUUAGCCCCUCCGGCAGUGUUGUUCCCUUGACGGAGAGACACAGAGCCAGAAGUGAGUCUCCUGGGAGAAUGGAUGAGCCUAAGCAGCCCAGCUCCCAGGUAGAAGAGUCCGCAAUGAUGGGAGUAAGUGGCUAUGUGGAGUAUCUCCGAGAGCAAGAAGUAUCUGAGCGGUGGUUCCGGUACAACCCCCGUCUCACCUGCAUCUACUGCGCCAAAUCUUUCAAUCAGAAGGGGAGCCUGGACCGCCACAUGCGCCUGCACAUGGGAAUCACACCAUUCGUCUGCCGCAUGUGUGGCAAGAAGUACACCCGGAAGGAUCAGCUGGAGUAUCAUAUCCGCAAGCACACAGGCAACAAGCCCUUCCACUGUCACGUAUGUGGCAAAAGCUUCCCCUUCCAGGCCAUCUUGAAUCAGCACUUUCGCAAAAACCACCCUGGCUGUAUUCCCCUGGAGGGGCCUCACAGCAUCUCCCCUGAAACAACUGUCACAUCUCGAGGACAAGCUGAGGAAGAGUCACCUUCACAAGAGGAGACAGUUGCUCCUGGGGAAACUGCCCAGGGCUCUGUGUCCACCACUGGGCCAGAUUGAAACGUGGAGGGGGAGGGGGCAGACCCUCUUCCCCUUUGGGCCGUAAGCAGCCAGCAUGAGGGCCACGGGCUGGUACUUAGAUUCACAAAACGCCACAUCACUAGAUCGGAAGAUACUCCCAAGAUGUUGCCAAACUAGAGGAUCAGCAACAUACGCAGAAGCAUGAGAGGCUCUUCCCCUCCUCCUUCCCACCUCAUACUUUGGGAAAUAAUCAAGUAAAUCAACUUUCUAAUUCAGGGAUCAACAGCCUUGGUUUGUUAACUUUAUAAGAAAAAAAAUUUUUUUAAAAAACAGUGAUAAAUGGUCAUUUAUCUACCAGUCAUGUUUGAACACUGUACUUUGGUCCAUAUCAUCCUGGUGGCUGUAAUUGCCCAGAUCUAAAACACAGCAGGAGCCUUGGUCAUCUGAACCAGCCAGCCACGAGAGAGAAGGAAGUAAUCGCGACGGUG